AUGCCAGCUUCUUUCCACCCAGCAGAAGAGGACGCUGUGACCCUGCUUGCGGGGCAGCACAUGACCCGCUUUGACGGAGCCAACUCCAAGCGAGGUGUUGAGGAGGUCCACUGCAGCGUCUUGGAGCGACGCGCCAAGGCGGAAGCCAACUCGGACGAAGCAACGAAAGUGUUCGAGGAUCAGAUGCCAUUGGCUGACGAUGAUGAAGCCAAGGAGCUUGUCACGGUUGACUUCUUGCAGAAAUACAUCAGGUUUGCCAAGCGGCUGACGCCGAUCCUGUCAGAAGAGGCCCGAGAGUAUGUGUCGGAAAAGUACGUGGAGAUGAGGAUGCGUUUCCAGAGCGGCUUCGCUGAUUUGCAAGCUGAGAACUCCGAACGCAAGCCCAGGCUGGCUGUGACGACGCGAACCUUAGAGGCCUUGAUUCGACUGGCAUCAGCCCAUGCAAAGCUGAAGCUACGCAAGGAGUUCAUUCUUGUGGAGGACGUGGAGGUGGCCUACAGGUUGAUGCUGGCCGCAAGGGAAGAGGAAGUUCCGGAUGUGCCCGCACAAGCUGCGCCGGCCCAGGAUGACCAAGAUGGCUUCAAUCUCGCUGAAGCCGAAACCAUCAAGUUAAAGCAGUCCAAGGAGUGGGUCAAAGCACAGCUGGAACUUGAGCGCCAGAUGGCGGACGCCAAGGACACGAGGAGGGCAGCACAGAUAUCUGAGGCUCCAGAGCAGGGCGAGCACGAGCCCCACCGAGCAUCCCACCGAGCAUCGGUUUCGUCCGACCUUCGGCUGUCUGCCUUCUCCAUAGAUCCUGCCGCAUUCGCGCAAGCAGAGGAGGAGCUCGCCGAAGACGAAGACCCUGUGCAGUUGGAGAAGCCAGCCCUAGAGACUUUAGAUCUGGAGUUGGUCCAGGUGGUCGAUGAGUCAGGCAAACGCUUGUCCAAAUUUGCGCUCUCGGCGAAGGAUAGGCCUCGAUUCGCUUCCGACCACAACGAGGGUCAACAGGCAGAGCCCGGUGGGGACAUGUACUACUUCUCUCAUGUCCUGGGCAACCACAAGGCCGUCCUUGACAUCCGCGAUGCGGAGACGGCCUUGCUACUACAGAAGAAGCGUUUCUUCAUCCUGAAGCAAAAGGACAUUGCUUUUCAGUUGGCAUCCAGAGGCAACAAGGAUGUGGGCGGCAAAGGCGAGUUCACUCCUGAGUUCCUGGAGCUUGUGAAGCACAACUUCGAGGCGGUGCGCUACAGCGGCCGAGUGCCAAUCCAAGAUUUGGACCUCUACUUCUGCACGCUGGUCUAUGGUAGCAAGUCUGCCUUCACGUCCAUCCACGCCCUCUGGGACAAGUUCGAGGUUGGGGAGAAGGGCUACAUGGCCAAAGACGAGUGGUUCAAUCUGUGUACCCGCGUGAAGACGAAGUUGCCUCAGAAGGUUCAGGGGGAAAUCUGGGACCUCCUAGCCUGGAGGAGCCCGUUGCAGAUGUUGAAGAAAGACUUCGUGGCAGGCUGGCACAUUCACGACCUCGAAGUCAAAGACGACCUGCACCUGAAGAGCCUGAUGCACGUCUUGAAGUUUGACUACUACAGAAUGAGUGUCUCCGGGCUUCAGGAACGCAUGAGGAUUCGCCUCGCAGAGGAUGCCGACGUCCUGGACCUUCCUCAGGCCCGUGGGAACGACUUCCUUUCGAUCCCCUUUGGUGAGGGCGAGCGAAGAUUUGUGCAUUGA